UGUCUGCCCCUCAGCUUCCCGGCAGGUCCCUCUCCUCUUUCCCGGCCCGGCUCUUCCCGAUAUGGCUCUGUCCCUGGCCAGCCAGUCGGUCCCCGGAGACGGCGGAGACUCGCUCGGGAUAAGCCCCGCCGGCCUCGCCUCCUACUACCCCUCUUUCCUCCCUCCCGCCCAUUACUUGGAGACGGCCCCCGACUACUUCCAGCCUCUGAAACCCCUGGGCGGGCUGGUUUCUCCCUCGCCGUCUCUGCCUCCCUUCACCUUCAGCAGGGUUCCCGCUUUUCUGAGCCAGCCUCUCCCCCUGCCCACCGACCCUUUUCCUAGCCUUCCUUUGCCUGUCUACACCAGGCUGCCGGCCUCUUUCCCUCCCAGUGAGGACCCGACCCUCGGGACGGGGGCCCCGGGGUUGCUCUCGCCGCCCUACCCGAGCCCCUCGCACAGGGCUGCCCGCAGCCCGGGGACAGACGGGCCGCUGGGGCAGAGCUACAGGUACCACUUCACCGAGGAGGAGCUCAACGCGGUGCUGUACGGGACACUCCGGAGCAGCCAGCCCGCCGGGAAUCUCCACGCCAUCUCGGGGCUCCGGGUGUCCCCCUCCAGCUCUGGCGCUGCCGACUCCGCCGCCCCGCUGCUCGACCGGGACUCGCUGCAGCUCCCCGAAGGGCUCUCGGUGCUGCGGGUGGCCUACGGGGACGUGUCUCAGCUCGGAGUCUUCUGUACCGACCCCAUCCCGAAAGGAGUCCGCUUCGGCCCUUUCCAAGGCAAAGUGGUCAACACGAGCGAGAUCAAGACUUACGACGACAACUCGCUGAUGUGGGAGAUCUUUGAAUACGGUGGCCUGAGCCACUUUAUAGACGGGAAGGGCGCCGCUGGCAAUUGGAUGUCCCUGGUGAACUGUGCCAGGUUCCCCGAGGAGCAGAAUUUGACGGCUAUCCAGUGCCAGGGACAAAUCUUCUACGAGAGCUGCAAGGAAAUCUUCCCGAAGCAGGAGCUGCUGGUGUGGUACGGCGAUUGCUACGUGCAAUUUCUGGGCAUCCCCAUCAGCUUGAAGGGCAUGGCAGAGGGGAAGAAACCCUCGCAGCACCCCGAAGAAGCCGGGGAGAGCUUCAAGUGUGAGCGCUGCGGCAAAGUUUUUGCCUACAAGUACUACCGGGACAAACACCUCAAGUACACCCGCUGCGUGGACCAGGGGGACCGCAAAUUUCCUUGUCACCUUUGUGACCGGUCCUUUGAAAAAAGAGACAGGCUGAGGAUCCAUAUUCUUCACGUUCACGAAAAGCACAGACCUCACAAGUGCUCUGUGUGUGGGAAGAGCUUUUCUCAGUCCUCCAGCCUGAACAAACACAUGAGGGUUCACUCUGGGGAGCGCCCCUACAAAUGUGUCUACUGCAACAAGGCGUUCACAGCAUCCAGCAUCCUGCGCACUCACAUCCGCCAGCACUCGGGGGAGAAGCCCUUCAAGUGCAAGCACUGCGGCAAAGCCUUCGCCUCGCACGCAGCCCACGACAGCCACGUGCGGCGCACGCACAGCAAGGACAAGGGCUGCACGUGCUCCGUGUGCGGCCAGCACUUCCCCGAGCAGGAGGAGUACAACUUCCACGUGAAGAUUCAUGCUGCUCAUUAGUCAGGAACCCUGUGGACGUGUCCUGGACCAGCCCGUGUGUCUGUCGGUCUAUAUGAUUUGCUUGUGCGUGUGCGCAGCGCAGCAGGCGACACCUGCAGUGGUUCUUGGAGCAGGUCUGGUCUCUGCUCCCAGGGCACAUGACUGAGCACAGGAACAGGGUACACCCUGAUGCCACUCUCCCUCUCCUCCCAUAUCCUAAUCUCCAAAGGGAGGAGGGAGUUCUACCUCCCAAAACCCCUUUGUGCACAGGUAUCACUGUGAGGCGUGUUUCUCCACCUCUAAUGCCUGUGGACUGCUUGGUGCAGCCUGUAUACAAGCCUGUAAGCUUGUGUGAGGGGUGUUUUUAUCAGGUGCAUUUCUCAGAGCUGAUUUAACUUGUUCAUGUUGUUUGGACAUGUGACCACAGGUAAUAUGGUCUACUUACCCUUAACAUGUCUUUUAGUGAUGUUCUAUUUAAAUGUGAACUUCCUCAGAGAUACUGACGGCUGGACCAACAGAGAGCUAUUUUAAGUCAUUCAGCUGCUGGGAGACUGAGAGCUCCAGGGCCCAGACUUGAGGACUGUGAGAGCAACUCUUCCAGAGGGUGCUGUAUGCUGGUCAGCCCAGAGGGAGAAAAGUGGGGUGUGGUAAGAUAUAUGCAGGCCUGAUAUCCCAGCUAGCAGAGAUAGUGGAGGUUUGUUUUGUCUUCUCAAGUGUUUGGAGGACCAAACACUGUGAUUCCUAAGUAUCAGUGAGCCAUUGAGUGGAUAACAAGCAGUUAAGUGGCCUCAGAGGUGUUUCAUUGUGGACUCAGAACAGACCAGGAGCAAGCACAAUCCCAGAAGUGGGCUCUCCUUUCUGAAUUUCCCUGAACCUGUCUGGUCCUGGCCAGGUGAAUCUUUGCAGUAAACCCUAAUAUGAAGAGUGGGCUCCUCUGCUUCCUCCUGUAUUUGUGUUGGAUGACUGUUACAGUGGCACUCCUUUCCUCUGCUCAAAAGAUAAGAUUUUAAGUAUCAAAUAAGUGAUAUUAGGACUCCUCAGUGCCUAAAACUCUGCACAAGAAAUUCCUUCCACAGUCUGCAGGAAAGGCUUUGCUUCCAUGGGAGGACUGGAAGGUGUCAUUCAUUCUCCAUGUCUCACUGACCAUACAAGCAAAGCAGGAGUGAUUUGUACAGGUUUAUGUACUUUCAAAAUUGUUAAGCAUUCUUAAGAAGGUGGCAUUCCAUAUCAAUGUGAAUUCUUUACUAGGGGGCUUAACAAAAAGCCUGUGCUGAAGGACUGCUGAGGAUAGGGAGUGCUGUAAUUGGUAUAGAAGUUUUUAUUAGCACUAAAUGACCACCACGACUAUGAGAGGAGUCAGUGUGUCAGUGGGGACUGUGUGGUGCAUCCAGGAGGAAUAAUGGAACUAGCUCCUUUCUUGAGCUAGUUGAUAAACACAGGUAGUUCAAUAUUACUGGGAUGAUAAAAUUAUCUUUGAAGUAUCCUAGAUCAGCCACAAAUAACAAGAAUUUUGCACAUAAAAAAGGAAGUUUUUAUUUUGUGCCGACUUUUAACAGUAUCUUUAAAUGCAACAUAGAAAUAGAAAAAAAAA